AUAACGUCACUACUUUUCCAACCCUCGUCAAAGAGUUUUGUUAAUUGAUUCUUACGGCUAGAGUUUAGCAGUUUCUCGCAAAAGAAUGGGAAAAGUGCAGCCAGUCUUCAUCGUGUGCUGUUAGGAGCUUUUCUAAGAACUGUAAAUAGUGUGUGGUUGUAGUUCGGUCAUUAAUAUUAAAAGAAGUGAAGCAUAGCUUGUUUACUAGGGAACAGGGAGUGUUGCAGCUCACAACUUUGAAGAGUGCUGUCAAGGAAGACUGGCUUGCAGCUCGCGCAGUAGGGACCAGACCACGGCUGCUGCUCGCGCGGUGGGGUCCAAAGCGCGGCGCUGUGCCUAGCAGGGGAACAGAAGGCUGUUACACAGUGAGAACCGAUGCGCGACCACUUUUUUCUACAGUACAGGACCACUGCCAACGAGGAAACUGACAGAAAUACUGUGCGGUUAUUCGCGUUUUUUUUACUUCACAGAAGACACGGGAAUUGAUCCGGACUGCUACCGACAUACAGAGACCCCAAGACGCAGCAGCUGUUUUUUGAAAGCAUAAGCUGGGAACCUUAACUUAGCUGUUGAACAAAAUGGGGUUAAAAUGUUUACGUCUUUUGACUCUCGCAUCCUUCCAGUUGGCAUUCUGCUUUUCUCCCGGUUCUAGCGGUUCGUCGCCAACUCCGUGCCCUGCUCCGUGUCGUUGUGAUGGCGAUGGAGUAGCAGACUGUUCGGGACGAGGACUCAUCGCUAUCCCUCAAGGACUGAGUGCUUUCACGUACGACUUGGAUGUUAGCAUGAACAAUAUUACAGAAUUGCCACCUGAUGCCUUUAAAAAUGUCCCAUACCUUGAAGAACUACGGCUGGCCGGCAAUGAUCUAGCCUAUAUCCACCCAGAAGCAUUAAGUGGCCUACAGCAGCUAAAAAUUCUAAUGCUGCAGAAUAAUCAGCUGAAAACAGUCCCAAGUGAAGCCUUAAAGUGGCUUAACAACUUGCAGUCACUACGAUUAGAUGCCAAUCAUAUUACAAUUAUUCCCGAGGACAGUUUUGAAGGGCUUACGCAACUACGGCAUCUGUGGCUGGAUGAUAACAGUUUGUCUGAUAUCCCUAUCCGUCCGCUCAGCAAUCUUCCUUCACUUCAGGCACUAACACUGGCACUUAACAGAAUAACACACAUUCCGAAUUUUGCGUUUGCAAACCUAUCCAGCCUUGUUGUUCUACAUCUCCACAACAAUAAAAUAAAAAACAUAGGAGAACACUGUUUUGAUGGGCUGGACAACCUUGAAACUUUAGAUCUAAACUACAAUAACCUGGUGAAGUUUCCUGAAGCCAUCAAAACACUCUCCAAUUUAAAAGAACUUGGAUUUCACAGUAACAAUAUUGCAACAAUCCCUGAUGGAGCCUUUAGUGGGAACCCACUGCUAAGAACUAUACAUUUGUAUGACAACCCUCUUUCCUUUGUGGGAAACUCUGCAUUUCAGAACUUGUCCGAACUGCAGUCUCUGGUCAUUCGAGGAGCCAGCAUGGUGCAGUGGUUUCCAAAUCUAACUGGAACAGUAAAUCUGGAAAGCCUCAUUUUAACAGGUACCCAGAUAAGUGACAUUCCUAUGAAUUUGUGCCACAAAUUGAAGUUGCUUCGAACUUUGGAUCUGUCAUAUAACAUCAUUAAGGAUAUUCCAAGUUUCGAGGGGUGUGUCCACUUGGAAGAAGUAUCCUUGCAGCACAAUCAGAUUGCAGCAAUUAAGACAGAAACAUUUCAAGGAUUGACUUCUCUCCGCUUACUAGAUCUGAGUAACAAUCUGAUUGAUUCAGUUGAGAUGAAUGCAUUCCUCACACUUCAUUCUUUAACUAAUUUAGAUCUUACUUCCAACAAAUUGACGUUUUUCCCCACUGGUGGUCUGAAUGGAGUUACCCAGCUGAAGCUUUCUGGAAAUAUGGGCCUUAAAGAACUGCUAGAAACUAAUGGUUUAGAAAAACUCAGGUCUUUGUCUGUGCCAUAUGCUUACCAGUGUUGUGCAUUUGGUGGAUGUGCAUCCUUUCUGAGCUCAACUACCGAGGUUGUCCAUAAGCAAGAUCCAAAUAGUCACCUAGUAAACCAGAAGACAGGUGAAACAGAAGGAGACAGUGUGGCAAAAAGUGAGGAACAAGACAGAGGAGUACCUACAAUUCACUGCACCCCACAAACAGGUGCAUUUAAGCCAUGUGAACACUUGCUUGGAAGUUGGAUGAUUCGUCUCACAGUGUGGUUUAUUUUCUUGACUGCAUUUUGUUUCAACAUCCUUGUCAUCGUAACAACAUUUGCACAAUGCACUCCGCUGUUUUCAGCUAAGUUUCUCAUUGGCAUGAUUGCACUCACUAAUCUAAUGAUGAGUGUAUAUACAGGUACUUUGACAGUACUGGAUGCUGUUUCUUGGGGAAAUUUUGCUGAGUUUGGCAUUUGGUGGGAGACUGGAAGUGGUUGCAAAGUGGCUGGAUUCCUUGCCAUUUUCUCCUCAGAGGCUUCCAUUUUCUUAUUAAUGUUAGCAGCCACAGAACGACGUCUGUUUGCAAGGGACAUCAUUAAAAAAGGGAAAAGCCAUCGUCUUAGGCUUUUUCAGGUUGCUUCAACAUUUGCUAUACUGUCAGCAGCUGUGGCUGCUUGUCUGCCUCUUUUCCAUGUUGGGGAAUUUUCAUCUUCCCCCCUCUGCCUUCCUUUCCCAACUGGGGAGAUGCCUUCUUUAGGAUACACAGUGACCUUAGUGCUGCUAAAUUCAGUUGCUUUUCUACUUAUGGCUGUUGUCUACACCAAACUCUAUUGCAGCUUGGAAAAGGAGGACCUUUCUGAAAGUUCACAGUCAAGCAUGAUUAAGCAUGUUGCUUGGUUAAUCUUUACCAACUGUGUAUUUUUCUGCCCUGUUGCAUUUUUCUCAUUUGCCCCACUGAUUGCUACAAUUUCCAUCAGUCCAGAAAUUAUGAAGUCUGUAAUCUUAAUAUUCUUUCCAUUGCCUGCUUGCCUGAACCCAGUGCUCUAUGUUUUCUUCAACCCUAAAUUCAAGGAAGAUUGGAAGUUACUCAAACAGCACUUAACAGGGAGGAUCAAAUCCAAGGCCACAGCACUAAAUGCACAAAGUAGUUGUAUAGCACAGGAUUACUACUAUGACUGUGGAAUAUGUACAAAUUUAGAGGGUAACCUUGCUCUUUGUGAAUGCUGUGAGUCUUUCAUACUGACAAAGCCUGUAGCAUGUAAGCACAUGGUAAAAUCUCACAGCUGUCCUACCCUUGCAGUUAUCCCCUGCCAGAGACAAGACAGCUCGUGGUCAGACUGUGGUACUCAGUCCACGCAUUCUGAAUAUGCUGACGAAGGAGACUCUUUUGUAUCAGACAGCUCGGAUCAAGUACAGGCCUGUGGAAGGGCUUGUUUCUACCAAAGUCGUGGAUUUCCUUUGGUCCAUUAUGCUUACAACAUUCCAAGAGUAAAAGACUGAUAAACAUAAUGUGUGGUGAACAGCAAACUGUUUUUAUUGUUUGAGCAUUCAAGAAGCACUUUUGCAGUCUGUUUAAUGAUCAUUAUUAAGAAAGGGAAAAAGACAUUAGCAUUUUUGAGCCAUGCCUACAUCCUGUAAAGAGUGCCCAAUGUAUAUAUCCUGUAAACCAAAUUAAUUACUCUGAUAUUUUUACUCUUGAAAAGAUUGUGAAUUCAUUUAUACAAUGUUUGUGUUCUGCUUCUUUUUUUUUUUUGUUGUAAUGUUGAUAAAUCAUUUUGUGAUCUUCACAUUUCUGCUGUUUGAAAUGGCGCUAGGUCUUUUGGAAAAGUAUUUUUCUCAAAAAUAUUGCUGUUUUUCAUGUUAUGUGACAGUUCAGAAAAGCCUGCUGCCAGCAGCAUGGUAAUACAUUAAGAAAAACAAUCUCAGGAUAUUUUGCAACAGGGAAGAGGGAUUAAUUUUCCAAAUGUUGAAGUUUUUUGUAUUUUACUUGUUCACAUUUUACCAGAUUUAAUUGUACUUUAAUAUUUAAUUAUGAAAUGUACGAGUACCACCAUCAGUCUUUAACUUUAUAAAUUGUAGAAACAGAUGUCAAAAAGAAAUAGGCAGGUUGACAAACCUGAGUAUGUUUUUGUGAUUUGACAUUUAUUCAGCUAUCCAUAGUCUGCUUGAAGAACCCAGAAAAGGUGGCUCUGUUGACGAUGUCACUUCAGCAAGACUAGAAUUAUUUAAAUUGGGAAAAUGCUUGUACACAAAUUCAGCCACUUUGUUGCAGUGUUUUCUUCUCAUAAGAGACAAUGAAAGAAUGCUCGGUAUAUAAUACACAAUUUGAUGGGCAUCAGGGUACAGUUAAAUGUUGUGGGUUUUUCUCUCUCUAAAUGUUUGAGAUGGUUUGACUAUAAAUCUGUAGUAACAUUCUAUCAGAGAUUUAUAGGAAGAGCCAACAUAUAAUGUUGGUUACUCUGAGUCACUAGUUACUUCUGCCCUUUUUAAAACGGUCUAUUUUUGCUAGAUCAGUAGUAACAAAUACACUGUCAUUACUGUUUGUCUUUAAACAUUCCAUAGCCAAAUCACAAAUAUUAAAUGUAAUUAUUGAAAUGAGUUGUAUAUAAUGUGCAUAUUACAGAUUUUUAACUUUGUAUCGUAAAUUAUUUGAUACAGUUCUGAAUGGGAUCACCUUACAUAUGUUGUUUUUUUUUUUUGAGUACACUCUACCUCCAACACCACUGUGGCUGCCAGUUCCAGGAUGUUUAAUUCUUGUUUAUAUGCAUCAUUUUGUAAAUAGAACUUGGUUGUAUAUUGUCAGUAUAAAAAAAUAAUCUUUGUAUGUCAAAGUUGUGCUGUUUGUACAGAAUGUAGGAGGGAUUUAUCUAUUGAAUAUGGUAAUUUUUGUAAACCACACUAUUCUGAAGUAAAGCGUUUGUUUGCUUUAAA